CGAUGGUCUACCAUCUCUGCGCCACUAAAAAUUUUUGGCAACAAACAAUAAUAUCAAAAUGAUACAAUAUUCUCUUGAAGAUCUUCAAACAAUAUUGCAGCUAGACAGCCGAUAUUAUGGCUUCCUCGAUUUGUCAGAUCCUAAAAAUUCUGAACUUAAGGAGCUCAUUCAGCGAACGAUUACUGCGUUGCAAGAUGAAGUAGCCCAUUCUUACUCCAUGAAUAUAAUUAAACAACAUGAUGGAAAACUUGUACCUACAAAAAGUGACCAACCGAUAAGCGAUGGCGAGCAUAUAAAGGAAAAUUCUUGUAAUACACAGUACCAAAGUAAAGAUUUCAAAUGGGGAAUGUCAAAUGAGACUUCGUCCAACAAAUCAGUGGCGGAGAUUGACGAAGUUGAUGUGAACACGUAUUGUAAGCUUGGCCACUUACAUCUGCUUAUGUAUGAGCAUUCUGAAGCUUUAUCUGCAUAUCAGAAAUAUAUGCGCUUAUGUGAAAAAUAUUGGGAAGACCAUGCGUUCCUAUACGGCAUAGGUAUCGUUUAUUUUGAGUUUCGCUGUUUUAAAUGGUCAAUAAAAUCUCUUCAGGAACUUUUAUACUUGAACCCGCAUUUUACAUGUGCAAAUGAAGCCCAUUUACGUCUAGGACUGAUGCUAAAAGCUAAUGGCGAAUUUCGCACUGCCCUUAAACACUUGCAGUUAGCGCUGAUUGAUACAUCGCCAUCCACGUUUACGGAUCUACAAGUGAAAUUUCAAAUAGCUCAUCUCUAUGAAGUACAGAAUAAGCAUAAAGCCGCAAAAGAAUCAUAUGAAUUUAUAUUAAAUAACAAAAAUGUAUCGUUGGAUCUAAAAGCAGAUAUAUACAGACAACUAGGAUGGAUGUAUCAUUGUGUCGAAUGCCUAGGCGAAAAAAAGGAACGUGAAUCGAAUGCAUUGCUUUUUUUACAAAAAUCAAUCGAAGCCGACCCAAAGUGUGGACAAUCAUUAUAUUUACUAGGAAGAUGUUACGCAGGAGUUAAUAAGGUUCAUGAUGCAUUUUUAGCCUAUCGAAACUCGGUUGAAAAAAGUGAAGGGAAUGCUGAUACGUGGUGCUCAAUUGGUGUAUUGUACCAGCAACAAAAUCAGCCAACGGAUGCACUUCAAGCUUAUAUAUGCGCAGUUCAGUUGGAUAAAGAACACAGAUCGGCGUGGACGAAUCUAGGUAUUCUAUACGAAAGUUGCGGACAGUUAAGAGAUGCGUACGCAUGUUAUUCGAAUGCCAUUAAACGUAUAUCGAACAAGAAAAUAGGCAAUGGUCAGGAAGGAAAUAAAGCAGUUUUUUCAAAGAGCAGCACAAAUGGAUUGACAAAAGGCUUAGCACAACGAGUAAAAUUUCUGGAAUCCCAGCUUAGCCAAGCACCACUGCCCAGUAUAACUUCGAAGCGAAGGCAGCUUUGUUCUAUUGAAGAAGCUUGGAACCUUCCAAUAUCAUUAGAAAUUAAUUCACGUCAACAACAGCAAAGCGUUCAAAUGCAGCAAAGACAGUUUGGAAAGAAUCCAUCUGUACAGGGACCUCCUCCACCGUACCCUCACAGUCACGGGAGUCAGAGUAACCCAUUACCCGCUAAAAGGUCGAAGGACGAUGGUGAAUAUUCGGUAAAGAAUCGAACGGAUCAUACAACACAGAAUUUGUCUCAACAGCAAAUGAAUACAUUACAGUUUUUACAACAGAAUCAAAAGAACUUGAACGAACAGCAGGAUAAGCUUUUGCACCAACUUUCUGCACAAAAUCGACAAGCUCUUAAAAACAGCUCAUCUCCAGGGCCAACAUCAAGUACAUCGACAAGCGAAACUAUAUCAGAUAGAACCAAUUUCGGUUCUGAAAUAAUAUCAAGUGAUAAUAUUAAGGAGGAUACUGAUGCCAAUGAUUUAGCACGCAUUGUGUCAACAGUGACUGAUCAAAAAUUAAAGAUUCGCUGUCAAAAUAUAUCAACGAAAUUAUCUGAAGAUCAAGGACUUAAUAAUUAUGAUGGUACAAAUGUCUCAAUUAAGUAUGAGAGUUUAACAAACUGCAAUGAUGAUACUCAGAAUAAUUUUAAAGAUCAAAAGCCCAAAGUCGAAUAUGAUAAUGACCAGGAAUCAUUGCCAACAUUUAAUAUACAAAUGGAUUCAAAGCAAUUAUUGUCUGCUGUUAAACUGUUACCAGUGGAUGAGCCACCAAUUAACUUUACAAUUACCGCAAAGAAUGCACCCCCACCUGCUCCACCGGAUUGCCCGCCCCAAAGGCUCACGCGAGAGCAACUCUUACCGCCCACUCCCUCCGUGCACUUGGAGAAUAAAAAGAAUGCGUUCAGUCCACAGUUGCAAGAAUUCUGUCUAAAGCAUCCUAUUGCAGUAGUACGAGGGUUGGCUGGUGCUCUAAAGCUAGACUUGGGUCUAUUUUCAACGAAAACAUUGGUUGAGGCAAAUCCAGACCAUAGUGUGGAAGUCAGAACUCAAGUAAAUCAAUCGCCCGAUGAAAACUGGGAUGUAUCUCAAGCAAAACGAGUUUGGGCUUGUAUAUCACAUCGAUCUCAUACAACCAUAGCAAAAUAUGCACAGUAUCAGGCAUCAAGCUUUCAAGAUAGCCUUAAGGAUGAAGGCGAUAAAGGCUCUGCCGGCUCCCAAGUCAUGUCGGAUUCAGAUUCUAAAGAUUCUGUUUCAAAUUCAAAUAUUAAUUUAAAACGUAAAAGACAAAAGAAUGGCAGUAAAAUGCUAAGAUUUGGAACUAAUGUGGAUUUAUCUGAUGAACGAAAGUGGAAACCUCAACUAAGCGAAUUACAGAAGCUGCCAGCCUUCGCUAGAGUUAUCUCAGCUGCCAAUAUGUUGUCUCACGUAGGCCAUGUCAUUUUAGGAAUGAACACCGUGCAAUUAUAUAUGAAGGUGCCAGGAAGUCGAACACCUGGACAUCAAGAGAAUAACAACUUUUGCUCAAUUAACAUUAAUAUUGGACCAGGCGAUUGUGAAUGGUUCGCUGUCCCCGAUGCCUAUUGGGGUGGCAUCCACAAUCUAUGUGAAAAGAACAGCAUAAGCUACUUACAUGGAUCAUGGUGGCCGGUCUUGGAAGACUUGUAUAAAGAGAAUAUACCAGUUUACCGAUUCAUCCAAAAGCCAGGUGAUCUAGUUUGGGUGAACGCUGGUUGUGUUCAUUGGGUGCAGUCUGUAGGAUGGUGCAAUAAUAUUGCAUGGAAUGUUGGACCACUAACAGCUCGUCAGUAUUCCCUUGCCAUUGAGCGAUAUGAAUGGAAUAAGCUGCAAAGUUUUAAAAGCAUAGUUCCCAUGAUACAUCUAAGCUGGAACUUGGCAAGAAAUAUCAAAGUUUCAGAUGUAAAACUUUUCGAGCUAAUAAAAAUGUGCUUGUUGCAGUCAUUAAAGAAUGUUUUCCAUCUACAAGAAUAUGUGAAAUCCAAAGGAGUCGAAGUACGUUUCAAUGGCCGUGGAAAAAACGAGGCUUCCCACUAUUGUGGGCAAUGUGAAGUUGAAGUUUUCAACGUAUUGUUCAUAAGGGAACAGGAGAAAAGGCAUGUGGUCCAUUGUCUACCAUGUGCACUGAAGCUAUCACCAUCAUUGCAAGGAAUUGUGUGUCUAGAGGAGUACCGUUUGUCAGAGCUGCAACAAGUGUACGAUUCAUUUACAUUAUAUAGAACGCAAGGACUAGGACAAGCACAUUAAUUAUACACAUUAUAACUGAAAUUAUAUUUUAAUACCAUUUAUUAUAUUGUACGUUUUUUAAAAAUACCGAAGAGGAAUUAUUAAAUUAAGACAGGUCUCAGAACAA